AUGGUGGCUACAAUUUCCAUCUUCUUCCUUCUAUUUCUCUUGUUGAUCUCCUUCUCUCAAACAACCAUUAUUAAUGGUGAUAAUGGCUUCACCACCUCUCUCUUCCACCGUGAUUCCCUUCUUUCGCCUCUUGAAUUUUCAACGUUAUCUCAUUAUGACCGCCUCUCCAAUGCCUUUCGUCGCUCGUUGUCUCGCUCCGCUGCUCUCCUCAAUCGCGCUGCCACUAGCGGUGCUGUUGGCCUCCAAUCCCCAAUUGCCCCAGGAAGUGGCGAGUAUCUAAUGUCUGUUUCCAUUGGAACCCCACCAGUUGAUUACAUAGGCUUGGCUGACACGGGUAGUGAUCUGACAUGGGCUCAAUGCUUGCCAUGUGUGAAAUGUUUCAAACAAUCACGUCCCAUUUUCAACCCUCUCAAAUCCACAUCCUUCAGUCACGUGCCUUGCAAUUCCCAGAUUUGUCAAGCUAUUGAUGAUGCCCACUGUGGGGUUCAGGGGGUUUGCGAUUACAGUUACACGUACGGAGAUCAAACUUACACAAAGGGAGAUUUGGGAUUAGAAAAGAUCACCAUAGGGUCAUCUUCUGUGAAAUCAGUCAUCGGAUGUGGCCAUGAGAGUGGUGGCGGAUUUGGGUUUGCUUCAGGUGUCAUUGGACUUGGUGGUGGUCAGCUCUCGUUGGUCUCACAAAUGAGCCAAACCUCCGGCAUCAGCCGUCGAUUCUCUUAUUGCUUACCAACGUUACUCAGUCACGCAAAUGGCAAAAUAAACUUUGGACAAAACGCUGUCGUUUCUGGCCCUGGAGUCGUUUCAACGCCACUGAUCUCCAAAGACCCCGUCACUUACUAUUACAUCACUUUGGAAGCCAUUUCCAUUGGCAACGAACGUCACAUGGCCUCUGCCAAACAAGGCAAUGUGAUUAUCGAUAGUGGGACGACAUUAACGGUUCUUCCAAAGGAAUUGUAUGAUGGUGUCGUUUCGUCGCUACUCAAGGUUGUUAAAGCAAAGCGAGUGAAGGAUCCCGGUAGUUUUUGGGAUCUAUGCUUUGAUGAUGGCAUCAACGUUGCCGCCUCCUCGGGCAUUCCAAUUAUCACUACACAUUUUUCCGGUGGCGCUAACGUGAAUUUGUUGCCUGUGAAUACGUUUCAGAAGGUGGCAAACAAUGUGAAUUGCUUGACAUUAACAGCUGCAUCGCCAACAGACGAAUUUGGGAUAAUUGGAAAUUUGGCGCAGGCCAAUUUCUUGAUUGGAUAUGAUUUGGAGGCUAAGAGAUUGUCAUUCAAGCCAACCGUUUGUACCUAA